AUGCGAUUUUAUUUUCCGCUUAUCCAGUUGAUCAUUUUUUGUGUUUCGGCUUCGACAUUUGUUGUCAAGCGACAGAGCGGGCUCGAUUCCUCGGAUAGCGAUGAUGUGAAGAUAAGAGCAAAGAGGCUGUACUAUGUCCCAUAUGGAACAACAUAUGGAAACACGUAUGGGAACACAUACGGAACCAAUUAUUAUGGAUCUGGAUACAAUUAUCCGACAUACAGCGGAUAUGGCGGCUAUGGUGGAUAUUACCCGACAAUGAGUAAUGGAAUAUUCCCAUUACCUGGCGGAUAUUAUCCCGGAAGCAUCGUCGGAGCUGGAUCAAUGUGGGCAGCUCACGGUGGCCUCGUUGGAAACAUUCUAGGAUUUCUUAUUGGCUGA